CAGUAAGAAAUUGUUACAGGAAAUUUGAUUUUUAAAAACGAGUACAAAAUUACUCAACAAUCAUUUCCACCCGUAUAUGUUUUGCUCUAGAAAACCUUGGCGCGACAGAUUCUAAACCCACAUAUUCCGAAUAUCAUUCAGUCGCCGGCGUUUUCAACUUCCCGUCAUCUUCUCCGGCAAGAUCUUGUGUCUACUUUUCCUUCCCUCCCUCUACCGUAAACUGAGAUAUCCAUGAAGAUUGCAAUAGAAGGCUGUAUGCAUGGGGAUCUUGAUAAUGUAUAUGCAACUCUCUUGCAUUUACAAGAAGUUGAGAGGACACAAAUUGAUCUUCUAAUAUGCUGUGGUGAUUUCCAGGCUGUUAGGAAUGAGAAGGAUUUAGAAAGCUUAAGUGUUCCACCUAAAUAUAGAAGCAUGAAUUCUUUCUGGAAAUACUACUCAGGAGAAAAAGUAGCUCCAUUUCCAACUAUUUUCAUUGGAGGAAAUCAUGAAGCUUCCAAUUACCUCUGGGAAUUAUACUAUGGAGGAUGGGCAGCACCUGAUAUAUACUUCUUGGGAUUUGCAGGAGUUGUGAAAUUUGGGGGUAUUCGCAUCGGGGGCAUUUCUGGAAUUUACAAGUCCCGAGAUUAUCGUUCAGGACAUUUUGAAAGGGCUCCAUAUAACAAUAGUGAUAUAAAGUCAAUAUAUCAUGUGAGGGAAUAUGAUGUUCACAAACUCAUGCAAAUUGAAGAACCUGUUGACAUUUUUUUGUCACAUGAUUGGCCACUUGGCAUCACUGAUCAUGGAAACUGGAAAAAACUUGUUCGUGAUAAACCUUAUUUUGAGAAGGAGAUUGAGGAGAGAAGUUUGGGAAGUAAAGCUGCUGCAGAAUUGUUAGAGAAACUAAAACCUCCUUACUGGUUUUCUGCUCAUUUACAUUGCAAAUUUGCUGCUUUAGUUCAACAUCAAGAUGGAGGUCAAGUCACAAAGUUUCUUGCUCUUGAUAAAUGUAUCCCAAGGCGUAAAUUUUUACAGAUUAUUGAAGUUGAAUCGGAUCCUGGUCCAUAUGAGAUUGAAUACGACGAAGAGUGGCUAGCAAUCACCCGUAGAUUCAAUUCCAUUUUUCCUCUCACUAAAAUGCCUAUGAAUUUUGGGGGUGUAGAGUUUGAAAUGGAAGAAUGUCGCAAAUGGGUGAAAAGUAAGCUGAAAUCCAGAGGGAGUAGUAAACCUUUUGAAUUUGUUCGCACUGUUCCUUGUUACAAUUCUUCUCAAACUCUCGCUAAUCAUUCCUUUUCAGGGCAUAUUCGUAAUCCUCAAACGGAAUCUCUAUUAGAGUUUCUAGAAGUUGGGUAUCUUCUUGAUAAGAGUGGGCCCACCCCUAGUCAAAGUCAAAGUCCAGUCGCAGUUGAUUACGAUAGUGAAGAUGGACCCAUUGAAGAAGAUGCUGAUGAAAUACAACUCCCAGAAGAAGAAGAUGAUGUUUAAAUGUAAGAUUAUUAAUUUAAAUUUAUUUUUGGUUUUAGAUUAUUUGUUAGUUGUAGUGGAGAUGAGAUGAGAUGGUGUGGUUGCAUACACUUCACGUUAAGUAAUAUGAAGAAGAUGUUCUUAGCUUGUAAGCAUCAUUCAAAGGGAAGGACCAAAAACAAAAACAAAAACAAAUUUUACUU